UUUGGUAGCAUUUCAGUACUUUUGGUUGAACUAUAGAGCAACGUACAAUUUGUAUUAUGAAUGAAACGUGACAAUGUUCAAACGAAUUGUGGUUGGUGUUUCCGGUGGAGUGGACAGUGCUGUUACGGCCUACAUGUUAAAGCAAAAAGGCUUCGACGUUCGUGGCGCAUUUAUGAAAAACUGGGACCUAAUCGAUGAGUCUGGUUAUUGCACCGGGGAGCAAGACUGGUUGGAUGCACAAAAGCUCUGCCGUCAACUACAAAUCCCACUUGAGCAAGUCAAUUUUGUUAAAGAUUUCUGGCUCGAAGUGUUCGGGAGUUUCCUCAAAGACUACGAUGCGGGGAUCACACCCAACCCGGACAUCCUGUGCAACCGCCAUAUCAAGUUCAACCUUUUCUACAAAUAUGCGCGCGAAAAAAUGGGAGCCGACGCAAUUGCCACUGGUCACUACGCCCGAACCAACUUCGGACCGUUUUUGGAGCAGUACAACGAGAAUGAACCCAUCCGUCUGUUGGCCGGCGUAGACGACAUUAAAGAUCAAACAUUUUUCCUGUCCCAGAUUGGAGCGGAUGCGCUGCGAAGAACCAUGUUUCCCAUUGGUGCUAUGACCAAAUCGCAGGUGAAACGCUACGCAUCCGAAGUGGGACUUGAUGCGUUCGCCCGGAAGAAAGAAAGCAUGGGCAUAUGCUUUGUUGGGAAGAGAAGCUUCCAGGACUUCAUUGAGGAGUACAUCGAAACGAAACCGGGAGAUUUCGUAGAUUUUGAUACGGGGAAGGUGGUGGGGACUCACAAAGGACUGCACCACUGGACCGUGGGUCAAAAGUGCAAGAUCGGAGGAUGCUUGCUACCGUAUUUUGUGUUGCAGAAGGAUGUGGAGAAAAAUGUGAUAUUUGUAGUUGCGGGAACGGACCAUCAGUUGCUGGUUACGGAUAUGGUCUAUGCGGAGAGUCCGGUGUGGAUUAAUAAACCUGGGCCUUUGGAGAAAGGCGUUUUCCGUUGUCAGUUCAGGUUUCAACAUACGAAACCUUUGGUGGAUUGUAGUUUAAUUGAAACAAGCGAAGAUGGCAAUAGGUUGUUUAUCAAGUUGGAUGAACCGUUGCGGGCAAUAACGCCAGGCCAGUAUGCUGUAUUUUACAAAGAUGAAGAAUGCUUUGGAAGCGCUAGGAUAGUGAAACCGGGUCCAUCAAUUUUAUAUUGUCAACGGUAGUGUAGUUUAUAUAAAUACUAUUCAACAAAUUUGUUAUAAAACGUAACAA